UGUGGGUCACAUUCUGCUCUAAUUCUAUAAAGCAGAUGGACUACAGUGCUCGACAGACACCUCAGGUCUUAGUCUGCAAGCAGGCUCCUGCUCUGACACUCAGGCUCUGCUGACAGGACAAAGGACUCAGAGAGUUUGUAGCCAACAUGGCUGAGCCCUACGACUGCACAGAGUGUAAGGAGUCCCUGUACGGGCAGAAAUACAUCCUGAAGGAGGAGAACCCGUUCUGCAUUAAGUGCUACGAGACACUUUUCUCUCACAACUGUGAAGUGUGCCAGAAGCUCAUUGGCUGCACCAGCAAGGAUCUGUCAUACAAGGACCGCCACUGGCACAGCGAGUGCUUCCUCUGCAUCAAGUGCAGCCGAUCUCUGGUGGAUCGGCCCUUUGCCACCAAGGAUGACAUGCUGAUGUGCACCGACUGCUACAGCAACGAGUACUCUGCCAAGUGCCAUGCAUGCCUGAAGACCAUCAUGCCAGGCUCUAAAAAGAUGGAGCAUAAGGGAAACAGUUGGCAUGAGAACUGUUUCACUUGCAACCGUUGCCAGCAGCCCAUCGGCACCAGGAGCUUCGUCCUGAAGGACGCCAACAACUACUGCCUGUCCUGCUAUGAGAAGCAGUUUGCUCUGCAGUGUGUCCACUGCAAGAAGCCCAUCACCACUGGUGGAGUGAACUACCGCGACCAGCCCUGGCACAAGGAGUGCUUCGUCUGCAUUGGCUGCAAGCAGCAGCUGGCUGGCCAGCGGUUCACCUCUCGGGAUGACUUCGCCUACUGCCUCGACUGCUUCUGCAACCUGUUUGCAAAGAAAUGUGCUUACUGCACCACCCCGAUCAGCGGCCUCGGGGGGAGCAAGUACAUCUCGUUUGAGCAGCGCCAGUGGCACAACAGCUGCUUCAACUGCAAAAGGUGCUGUGUGUCCCUGGUCGGCCGAGGUUUCCUGACGUGCAAAGACGACAUCCUCUGCCCCGACUGCGGCAAAGACUUCUGAGUGAUCUCCAAAAAUGGCCGCCCAAUCAAAGAGCUCUGGCAGUAUUCUCCUAACCUGACCUUUGUUGCAUUAUUUGCAUCAUUUAAUUGCAUCACUUACACAUUAACCUGUUCUUACUGCUGAGGUGUUUUGUGCAUGCGCGGAUGAUAGCUUAUUUUAUAUAAACCACUUGAAGCCUUCAUUCCAAAAUGUGGUAUUUUUCAUCUUUAUAAGUUACCAUUUGGAACGUGUUGCUUUCAUGUCAAGAAUCCUGAAAACAGUCAGUUUUUAAAACGUUUGUAUUCCCUUUUGGAAUGAAAGUUUGUGUGUGGCAUCAAAAUAACCAUUUUUGAGUGAUAUAUUAGAGCUUAUUAAGAGGAUGUAAAGUUGUUUUGAUGGAUGAGACUCUGAUGGCAAUUCAUUUUAACAGAGUUAAUAUAAUACUACUAAUACUGUUUAUUCUAACUGCAUAAAUUGUGUCUAAUGAAAUCUAAAUAUAUUAAGCCCAUUAAAGAAUUUCUGAUUUGA